UUUGUCUGCAAUUUAUGUAUGAAGACCUUGCUUUGGUGCGCCCAUUUAUGCUUCACCAUUCCCACUCCCUCUGUCACUGGCAUUCGAGUUCCACCAUAAAGACUCCACUUCUUGGCCUUGCUGCAGGUGAAGAUCUGAGUGAGAUGGGUAGAUCGCCUUGCUGUGAGAAGAUUGGGCUGAAGAAAGGACCUUGGACUCCCGAGGAAGACCAGAAGCUGCUCGCCUACAUUGAGAAGCACGGGCACGGGAGCUGGAGAGCGCUGCCCGCCAAAGCCGGACUGCAGAGGUGUGGGAAGAGUUGCAGGUUGAGGUGGACCAAUUACCUUCGGCCGGACAUCAAGAGGGGGGAAUUCAGCCUCCAGGAGGAGCAGACCAUCAUCCAACUCCAUGCUCUCCUUGGUAACAGGUGGUCCGCAAUUGCCACCCAUCUACCCAAGAGAACAGACAAUGAGAUCAAGAACUACUGGAACACCCAUCUGAAGAAGCGACUGGCCAAGAUGGGAAUUGAUCCCUGCACCCACAAGGCCAAGAUCGACACGCUGAGCUCCGCCAACGGCCACCCCAAGAAGGUUGCCAACCUCAGCCACAUGGCUCAGUGGGAGAGCGCACGCCUCGAAGCCGAGGCCCGCCUCGCGAGGGAGUCGAAGCUCCGUGCAGCAUCCAAUUCCACAAUCCUACCGCAGCAGCAGCAGAUGGGAACCUCUUCUUCCUCGUCCUCCACGACCCCUCUGCCGCCAGCUCCUGUCAACCCAUGGCUGGAAGCCUGGUCCGCGAAGCCGGCUACUCAGGGCGAAAGGAUCGACCUGGAGUCGCCCACCUCCACGUUGAGCUUGGCGGAGAACUGGCUGCCGAUCAUGGCGUCAGGCACUGAGCUGGUGGACGGCAAUGCACCGGCCGAGGCAGCGGCGACCCAUCAAGAAGGUGAGAAUCUGGAGCCAGAAGACGCGGGGUGGAAAUGCGUAGCGAAGGAUAGGGUGGACUGCUUCACAGGUUUCUCCAUGGAGGCCUUCGGCAGCGAGGCGCCAUGGCUUUCGGAACCAUACACUUCGCAAGCAGGGUAUUCAUGGGGCCAAUUAGGAGCAGGUUUCACUGCAAUGCUGCUGGGUGACUCCGGGGGCCAGAAUACUUCCGACUCCUGCGUCCAAGAGGAAGAGGAGGAGGCGACCGGACUAGUGGAGCGAGAGGGGAACAAGACCUACUGGAACACCAUUCUCAACUCGGUCAACUCUUCGUCCUCCUCCAACUCUCCCCCGGUAUUCUACCACUGAAAUCAAAGUACUUGCCGGGAAUUCUUUAACGUACAAGACCUCUCUCUGACAUCGAAUGAUAGUAUUCAUCCACCGCAAUGUUAAUGGCACUACUCCGCAUCCAAGAAAUAAAGAACGAAAGUAGGUGAUGUGCUUGUAGUUUGUAGUUCCUGGUUGUGUUCGCGAAUUGUAAUGCUUGAACGAGCGAGAGAGAGAGAGAGAGAGAGAGAGAUGCAACAGUACUUGCAGCUAAUAUUUGUUGUGGAUGUUCAUCGA